UAUGAAAAAGUUCAGAGAAUUAAAAAAGACCGGGGAUGGAACAUUUGGAGUUGUGAUUAAGGCUGAAAACAUAUAAACUCAUGAUUUGGUAGCCAUCAAAAAGAUGAAAUAAAAGUACCACAAUUUUGAAGAAUGUACUAACUUAAGAGAAGUUAAGGCUUUAAUGAAACUUUAAAAUCAUCCAAAUAUUGUCAAACUUAAAGAAUGUAUAAAUUGAUUCAAUUUAGUAUUUCUUGAUAAUGAAACUCUAUGUCUAGUCUUUGAAUUUGUAGACAAAAGCAUUUAUUAAAUGUACAUACAGCAAAAAGAAAUGGUAACCAAAUAUAAGAUGGAGCUUAGGGUAAAAUCAUUCCAGAAGACCAAAUCAAAUCCCUCAUUUACCAAGUAGCCAAUGGACUCAGUUACAUGCAUAAACAUGGAUAUUUUCAUCGAGAUCUGAAGCCUGAAAAUCUAUUGGUGUCUAACAAUGGUGUUGUUAAGAUUAUAGAUCUUGGUUGUGCAAGAGAAAUCAGAUCAAGACCACCAUAUACUGAUUAUAUUGCUACUAGAUGGUAUAGGGUAUAUACUCUAUAUUAAUUCAAUUCAAGGCUCCAGAGAUUCUAUUGAAAUAAGCCAAUUACAAUAGUCCAGUUGAUAUAUUUGCUCUAGGUUGUAUCAUGGCUGAAUUAUUUUUAAAUAGACCUCUAUUUCAAGGUAAUUCUGAAUUAGAAUAGUUCAAUAAGAUCCUUUCUACUCUUGGGUAAUUUUAUAACUUAUCUUUUUAUUUUAGUACUUUCACUUAAUCCGAAUGGCCUGAAGGAUGUAGACUAGUCUCUUAAAUGGGAUUAGCAUUAGCAUAAUUUUAACCUCUUUAAUUACAAUAGAUAAUACCAAAUGCCAGUACAGAAGCCUUAAACUUAUUAACUUAAAUGAUUAGAUGGGAUCCAAAUAAAAGAAUCACUGCCACUUAAAUGUUAACUCAUCCAUUUUUCUAUAACAUUGAAAAGAUUGCACCUCCUAUCAUUUUUGAAGAGUAAAUCAAAUCUAAAGAUGAAUUAAAAUUUCCAGAAAUGGAAAAAAAAUAGAAAUCUUAUAGUCAAAAAGAAGAAUCAUAGAAUCAAUUCAAAUAAAAAUAAUUUUAGCCAUAAUAACCUAUAGAAGAUGAUAGUAAUGAUUUAGAUGAUAUUUUGGAUUUUAUUACAACUGAAAAUAAACCUUUGCCUUCCAAAUAAUCUACUUAGUCUUCUAAAAGUUUAGAAUAUGGUGAAUAUGUUCCAUCUAUUCCUUAAAAUAGACAACAAAGAAAUUUGCAAUCAAGUCAAUUAUAAGAAUAAUAAAAGAAAGAUAAUAAUAAUUCGAUAUAUGAUUUUAGUCAUUUGCAAAGUUUUAAACCUACCAAAAUGCCAAAUACAAAUUCUAAAUAUUGA